UCUGCAUGCGCUGGAUAAUUGCCGGCUACCUGUCAGACUGACCUCCGUUGGCCUUUGUUUUUCGCGAGUCUGCUCCCGAAUUGCUUCCGUCUUGAAGCCUCCGUUCUUUCUGCACCGAGUCAGUCGGCCGUUAAUCCGUGCGAAAUCCUGGAGCGCCUAAUGCGAACAAAAGAGGCGCAGUCUAGUCGAGCUGCGCGAGAGACGACGGAGAAACGACGCAGCGAAAGAGAAACUGGAGACCCAAGAUCGCGGACAAGAACAACUAAGCGGACGAAACAGGAUGGCUUUGGCCAAUGCGGCAAGGCAACCAGACGCCUCAGCUGUUAAGACGACGCCUGUCGAGAAGAAAUUCCGAGAUGAAAAAGGAAUCACACACGUUAAUAACUACAUUGUUGGACGACGCCUCGGAUCAGGCCGCUUUUCCUCCACGAAAGAAUACGACUUGAUUGAUCCUUCGACGGGGGCGGUUCAAGGGCGGUUCGCCGGCAAGCGGUAUCGAAAGGGAGUUCUGGCUCGAAAGAAAGAGUUCCGAAGAGACCCUGUCACCCAGAGACCACAGAUCUACACGAAGUUGCAGGAAGUUUGGGAGGAGAUCAGAAUUCUGUCGCUUCUGAACAGUCCGUACUGCGUCCACGUUCGAGAAAUCCUGGAGUCGGGCUCCCAAAACGGUGGAGAAGAGGGAAAACUCAUUAUCAUCACGAAUUUGCAGGCGUGUGGGUCGGUGAUGUCGCUGAAAGAAGAAGCAGUCGAAGAGCGCUUCGUGCCUGCCCUCAAGAAUGCCGUCACCAUUUCCGAACCGGUUUGCAGGUGCAUCGUCCGCGAUGUCGCACAAGGACUUCUCUACUUGCAUGAAAAACUGAACAUCGCCCAUCGAGACGUAAAGCCGGACAACAUCCUCAUGGGAGAAGACGGGAACGUUCAGCUCGGCGACAUGGGAUCUGCAGAUUUCAUGGACCCGCAGGGCCGCGUCAAAAACACCAAGGGUACUUACAUGUUUAUGUCGCCCGAGUCGAUGAGGGUCUCGACCUCCCCUGAAGAGCCUUACGAGGGCCAUAGCGGACGAGCGGCGGAUGUGUGGGCGCUGGGGAUUUCUCUCUACGUUAUGCUUUUUGGCGAGAUGCCUUUCAAAAGGGCGACUUGCAUGGAACAACUUUUUGCGCAGCUCGCUGAGGGAGCAGUAGUGCUGCCAGACGACAAAGCAGCCUCUGUGUCUGAAGAUGGAAAACGCGUUCUUCUUUCUCUUCUUCAAUCAGAAGUGAACGAUCGAAUGACUCUUCCUGCACUUCUGGAACACCCUUGGAUCAAAGGAGCAGACAGCGCCGAGGCAGCGAGGUACGCCCGGCUGGUGAUGGACGACAUGGCGACUUCAUCGGGGUCGGCAUAAGUACGAGAGGGAGAAGAAGGGAUACGCCAUUCUCGGCUCUCUCGAUUCCGGUGGAUUUUGCCUCGGUAACUGUUUUGUCGCAGCCUUCUUGGCACUUGCACAAGGCUGACUGCUGUCCAUUCUGUUCUUGGAAGUCUCCAGACGUCUUCCGAAACGACUUCGUUGCAGGCAUUCACAACUUCUCGGUUGGGAUGCGGCUUUCCUUCCUCGUCCUUCCGCCUGCGUGACAUGCUCGGAUUCGCUCGAUCGCUCGCGAUUUCUCUCGACUGUCCAUUCAAUAGGAUCUCCAGUGCGUCCUCGAACAGGCUUCAGCGGGGCUGAGUAGGCCGUGAAGACGACACAACGCACAACGAGGAAAGUGCAUGCUUGGCAGAGGGAACACUAGAGGAAAACUAUUGAUCUGGCAGCGCGGGAGAUGUUCUAGUAUGGGGUGCUGUGAAGAGAACUGUGAACAAGGGAGAAAACACAAAGAAAGCAACUGUGCAGUGUCGGACCGGUAAGGCACCUGAAUUGAGAGUCUGGCUUCGAGUUGAGAGUCUGGACGCAUUCACCGUUGAGUUCGCGUCGCCAGUGUGUGUCUUUCUGUGCGCACUCUGUAUCGUUUUCUACCAUUCCAGAUUCUCUUUGUUUGACACAGCGCUUGUGGUCCUGUGGCGAGAAGACGAGCCGGGUAAACUGGCCUAAAAGAACGGCGUCUGCACAGCGUGUGUCUAAGCGUGACGCAUGGUGUCUUGUUGAUUUUGAUUUUUCCGAAAGAACGAGAAAUACAGCAGGGACUUUCCCCUUGUGACCACUGUACAGGCGCGAUACAAAUCUGUACGCAGAAGCCCACGACCACAAACGUUCAGGAAUCCGCAUAUUUGAAUAUGCAUACGGAUACAUGUGUGUAUAUACAUGAAUGUGGACGAGUCACUUGACCGCGACUCUAUGGAUGGGUGUAUGCAUGCUCGUGACUGUGCGUUUGUCCCGGAUCGUGCGCCGUAGAGCCACAAGGAAAACACCAGACGAACUGGGGGACGGGCGGAGUUGUGCAGACAUUUUGUCUGGGUCGAGAAAAACUCUCGUGCGAUCAUUUGGAGCAGAGAACGGAGUGUAGAUGAUCGUGUCGCCGUGUGCGGUUCAAGAUAAAAGAGAAAGAGACGCAAGGGAGUUCAACGCAGCGAAACUGUGUCAACAGAGGCUCCGCCCUAUAGUGUUGGAAAGCCGAGAUUUGUUCGGUAUUCGAAUACCAGGUCCUGACUAGGAAGGCACCGUGGGGAUAUCUGCGUCAUUCCAUUUGACCGAUUGCCAAUCGAGUGGAAAUGUUUUUUUUUCCCUCUUCAAAUAUUCGGAUACAUGUAUAAUCAUGGACAUCCGGUCGCCGUGACGUCUGGUUUUCUGUCUGUGCGCAUGGCAGUGUACCCGCAUGUCUACGCAUUUCUGUUGUUUUUUUCAAUGGCGGUGUCAGGGACUGUUUUGCGGGGUGCGGACGGUUCGGAAGCAUCUUGGAAUUGUGGAGAGAGUGAAACUGAGGCUGCAUCUUGUCCACGAAUGCUUCGUUUGUCAAUCCUGAGUAGACGUUACGCCCCAAGAGAUUCUUUCGUCUGGCACCUAUUUUUUCAAUGGGGCAAGGUGUACCGGUUCCGCACUUUGAUCAGUUUCGCGUUGCACGCAUGAGGCCUGAAGCGUAUCCUCUCUCCCUCAUCAGUUUAAAGUACUCAUUUAUCGCUCUAAAAGACCUACUUCGGACUCAUGUCAGAGCAGUUCAAAUUUUCCAAAUGCGUUACUCUGUCACGGCCAACCGUGAAAGUCCGCCUUGUCCAGCGUUUCAACUCAGUUCCACGUGGCGCAUGAUUCCUGUCAAAAUUACGUUUUUUGCGGCUAUGUUCCGGUCCUUAACGUAGCAUUUCUCCCGAGAAUACGGUGGCUUCUGCGUACCACUCCAAGUGUUUCCAAUUUGGGACUGAACCCCUUCGUUUUUUAUGGGGUGCGAUAACCAGCA